AUGGCUGAUAACCUUAUCGGAGAGCACGAAUCGUCGAUUGUUGAUUCAGCAAAAGAGAAGAUCACCGAGUCGUUUCAAGAGGACGACUCAUCAUCAUCGGAUUCUGACAGCAAACCCAUACCCAAGAAAACUUUUCCGCCACCCCCCAAAAGAAACACGGCUCAUAGCGCCUCCUGGAAGGAUAAGCCUGUUCAUGAUCUCUUAGGAGGUGGCAAAGCUGCUGAUAUAUUUCUAUGGAGGAACAAGAAAAAAUCUGCUAGUGUGCUUCUUUUCUCCACCAUAGUUUGGGCACUAUUCGAAAUGAUUGAAUAUCACUUACUUAGUCUAAUAUGCCACAUUCUAAUACUCGUCCUCGGUAUCCAUUUCCUGUGGUCGAACACACUCAACCUCUUCUAUAGGUGCCCACAAUUUCCACAAGUUGCCCUUGAAGAAGAUACUGUUCUGCAGAUAGCCACGGUUGUUAGGAUUGAAAUCAACAAUGCUAUGGAAGACCUUCGAGAAAUCGCUUCUGGGAAAGACCUCAAAAAAUUUCUAACUGUAAUUGCUUUUUUGUGGAUUGUAUCAAUUGCAGGAAGUUGUUGCAACCUCUUGACCUUGAUUUACAUAUGCUUUGUUCUUCUGCACACCGUGCCUGUGCUUUACGAGCAGCACAAGGAAAAGGCUGAUGUCUUGCUUGAGAAAGGAGAGGCGGAGUUGAAGAAGCAGUUUGAGGUAUUUCAUGAGAAGGUUUUGAGCAAGGUUCCUAGUAGACAAUUCAGCAAGAAGAUUGCAUAG